AUGGUGCAUCCGAAAGUUGUGAAUACUACAGCAGCUUUGAUAGUCAAGGGAGUUAUUCUUGUUGAAACUGUAGGAGGCAAUGGAAGUAUGGGAGGAAGUGCUGACCAUGGUCAAGAUGGGUCACGUGGAUAUAAUACUUACGGUGGAAGUGGGGAAGAUGAUAGACAUAGAAAAGACGAUAAUUUUGGAGCUAAUGGCCGUAAUGAUGGAUCUGAACGAAAUCCCAGUGUUGGUAGACAUGUUCAAGUUUUAAGAGUAUACCGCCACCCUUAUUAA